AUGCCUGUCCUCGGCGCGACCUGUAAAGCCUGGUAUAUCAGGCAUAGUCCACACCGUUCCCAGUGCAGAUACGCCAGACCAUUGAUCCUUGUUAAUGACACGCCCCGAUACGCCAGCAUUUCUACAGGCAAUCUCGAGGCAAAUCUGGCUACUCUGAGCCGUCGACAGUUGAACGUCUCACAGAAAAUGCGCGUGAAUGCGGCUGCUCUGGAAUCAAACAGACUUGUUCGUGCCGAAUGGCAGGAGAAACUUGCAUCAUACGACCAUGAUAAUGGUUUGGGUUCGGAAUUGGAAGAGUUCGUCUCAGGGUUCCGCAGUGGAAAGCCAUGCCGAGUUGUGGAAAGAUUUGAAGGCGCUUUCAAUUAUUGCUUUAGGCUGCGCUUCGACAUGAGCGAUCAUGAUGACUGGCUGCUUCGCUUCCCUAUACCAGGCGAUGUUAUGUAUCCAACGGAGAAGGUCGAUCAGGAAGUUGCAGUCAUGAAAUUCAUCAAAGACAGGACUAGAAUUCCGAUCCCAAAAGUUAUAGCGUCUGGAAGAACUGAGGGACGAUUCGCCGGACUAGGACCUUUCAUUAUCAUGGAAUUCGUCGAAGGGGAACGUUUAGAUGAGGCUCUUUAUCAGAACGACAAGAUCAAACCCGGAAUAGGCCAGUCCACUUUGGAUUUCAUUUAUAAGCAAAUGGCGCAAAUCUAUUUGGAGCUGUUCGAACACGAUUUUGAUCAGAUAGGUGGAUUGUCAAUGUCAUUGAACAGUCGAUCUUGGCAUGUUAAAUCCGGCCCAUUAACGUUGAAGACGAAUGAAGGUCAGAGACUGACAGGGCUCCAUCUUUAUGAUAAUAGGGAGCCUUCCUCAACAACUACAGCAUACCUUAACAAACUUGUCGACCAGCACACACGCCUUCUAUGUGAAAAUCCCGAGUCUGUAUCAGACGACGUCGAGUGCCAAGAAGAAUACCGCUGUCUGCAAACUAUCAAACUGCUCACAAAACAGCUUGCGAGCUCUGUGGACCGUAAUGGUCCUUUCAAGUUAUUUCUCGACGAUCUACGAUUUGGGAACAUACUUGUGGAUUCUAAAACGUUCGAGAUAAAGGCGCUAAUAGAUUGGGAAUUCUGUUACGCGGCACCACGUCAAUUUCUCAAUGCUCCUCCUCCUUGGCUCAUACCAAAUCCUGAUCCCUGGGAUUGGACAGCUGAGGAGAGGGAAGAGUACAAGGUCCAUUUUACGAACUUCAUGAAGGUGUUGCAGGAUGAAGAAUCGUUAUUAGGAAAAGACCACAGUUUUUCUGCCCGGAUGCAAAUUUUCCUUGAAAAUGGUACCUUUUGGUAUCUCCAGGCUUUGCGAGAGCCACUAUGCUGCUUAGAACUCAUGGAAAGUUGGUCCGCUGAGGUCGGAAAACCACUGGAGACACCUGUGAACAUGGAGGAGUUCGUGGCAAGACGAUUCGAAACUCCCACUCUCGAAUAA